AUGUCCCGCGUAGAUCAUCAUGCCCAAAAGGCCAACAAACGAACUAAUCCACUGGAAUCCCUUCUAAUGCCACAAGUUCCACGAAACAAUUACUUGCACUUUCAGAAAGAGAAACAAAGACUACAUCUAAAGAAAUUUCUUAUUGAUAGGAUAUUUCUAGUGGCCAACAUUCCAGCAAACACCACAAGAAAAGACAUUGCUGAAUAUUAUGAACACACAUUUCAAUCCAUUAUGAGACAGCACAUAGGAGAAACGGUGACAGGAUUACUGCUCAUAUAUCCAACUGUCAUUCUUCAUAUCCUUGAGUCUUCCAGUGGAACUCUCUUCAAAAUCCUUUUAGAUUAUGUUAACCAUGAAAAGAAUGACAAAGAAUUUUUAAUUCAAGGAAUGAAAAUUAUAGUCAUGUCUCAUAAUAUCCCAUCCAGGCUCUUUCUGCAAUGGCAGGUGUCCGUAAUAAAUGUACCAGUUACGUACCUCGACGAUGUGACACAGUCACAGACCCUAGAAGAAGUCAUCACAGAGUUUCUCAUCCAAACCCACAAACUAGGACUCAACCUUUUUAAGGCUGUUAAAGUGGGCACUAAAGGGCCAGGUGAUAACUUACAACAAGUUUCACCUGAACUACUACUCCCAGAACAAAUAAUAAAGUACUUGUGCAAAGCUGAGAGAUUCCUGGACCCAGCAACCUUUAUAAAAAUGUAUAGCGGUCCCAUACACAUCAGUUUGGAUUCUGAGGUAGUAUGGCCUGCUCCUACCCACUUCUAG